GGUUGAACAUCGAUAGCAGAACCCACAAGCAAGCAAGAACCAACGAUGAAGGCGUACGUGUGUGGAGUGUUACUGCUGAUGGCUGCCGUGGCCACCGUCGUAGUUGGUGCGGAGGAGGAACAGCAGGAGAUGCUGAUGGUGGUGGAUCCUGCCCAGCAACAAGUGGCCGUUACUCUGGAGGACGUUGCGGCGCUUAAUGAGCAACCGAUGGAGGGUGAGGCAGUACGCGAGAAGCGACACCACCGGUAUGGCGGCUAUGGCGGCUACCGUGGGGGAUAUGGCGGGUAUGGUGGAUACGGUGGAGGAUACGGACGUGGAUUUGGAGGCUAUGGACGUGGUUAUGGCGGCUAUGGUGGAUACGGAGGAUACGGUGGAUACGGUGGAUACGGAGGAUACGGAGGAUACCGUCGUUGGGGACUCUACUAAGAGAGAUAGAGAGAGAGAGAGUUCGAGUGAACGAUUGGAGCACAGGACUGUACAGAUACAAAGAAGGUCAAUAAAGAUUUAUUGUGAUAUGGCAUGACAAUGGCAGAAGUGAGCUUCAAAUGA